UACAAUUUUUUGUUGUUUUUUAUUUGUUAGAGAUUUGCAUAAUGUUUGAAAAGGAAAAUUAUAUUGUCAAAUCAUCGGAUAAAUCUAUUCAAUUAUCAAUGAUCAAUAAUAGUGUUGGUCAAUUUAUUUCCAAACAAUUAUUAUGUCAACAACAACAAACGAUUGCUGUGAUUGAUGUUACUUGUAACAAUAACAAGAAUGGCAACCAUCAAAUUACCUAUGAAGAUUUGGAUAAAAGAAUUCGACAACAAGCAACAAAAUUUUUGACAAUUGGUCUUGAAAAAAAUGAUCUAGUUGUUAUGUUUGCCGAUAAUUCAUUUGAAUAUCUUAUAUCAAUGUUGGCAUUUAUAUAUUUAGGCAUAACAUUUUCACCACUUAAACCAGCUAGUGGAUGUUUUGAACUUGUACAACAGAUUAAUGAUUCACAAGCUACAGCAUUAUGGAUUGAUAAAGAACGUUUAACAAUAUUCGAAAAAGCUUUACGUGAACAAUCAUCAUCAUCAUCAUCAAUAAAAUUGAAAUUUCUUUUGAUUGCCGAUAAUGUUGAUGAAACAUUUCUGGAAAACAACAUUAAACAAUAUUCAAUACAAACAAUUAUCAAUAUGAAAAAAUUAGCAUUCGAUCAAGAUAUUAAAAUGUUGGAACGAAUUCCAUAUUUUGAUACACAACCUGAUGAUCAUCUAAUGAUAAUCUAUACAUCUGGUAGCACUGGAUUACCAAAAGGUGCUAUUCAUACACAAACAAGUGUAUUAGCUUCGACAUUCAUAUUUCGAUCAAAUCAAUCAGGAAUUCGUUAUCUAAUGUGGUAUCCUUUUGGACAUGUAUCAGGAAUUUUUGCUACAUUAAAAACACUUUGUUGGGGACAAACAUUAAUAUUGGAAAAAAGUUGUCAAUUAAAUAAAAUGUUAAAAACCGUUGAACAAUAUCAAGCAACACAAUUACCAAUUGCACCAAGUCAUGCAAUGGAUUUAGCCAUUCAAGAUUAUCAUCGUCAAUUUAAUCUUCAAUCAUUAAAAGUUAUAUCGUAUGCAGGAGCAAAAAUUUCAGCAGAUAUAAUUGAUCAGAUUAGAAAUAAAUAUCAAGUACGAAUAUCUGAAUUAUAUGGUUCAACAGAAAUGAUGGGCAGUGUAAUGCAACCUUUCGAUCAGAUUGUUCCACAAGGAUCGGUAGGAGUUCCUCAAUCGAAUAACGAAAUGAAAAUCAUUGAUAUUGAAACAAAAGAAAAUUUGCCUGCAUUUCAACAAGGUGAAAUUUGUUUUCGUGGACCAGCUAGAUUUGCAGGUUAUUUACGAAAUCCAAAAGCCACUAAUGAAACAAUCGAUUCAAAUGGUUGGUAUCAUACAGGUGAUAUUGGUUACUAUGAUAAUGAUGGUCAUUUAUAUGUUGUCGAUAGAAUUAAAGCAUUAAUCAAAUUUCGUCAUUGGACAAUAUCACCGGCUGAAAUUGAAUUAUUUUUACAACAACAUUCAGCAAUCGACAGUGUAUGUGUUGUUGGUGUUAAACAUUCAAUCGAUGGACAAUUAAUACGAGCUUAUGUACAACCGAAAAAAGGAAUUGAAAUUUCCGAAAAAGAAUUGAUACAAUAUACCAAAACAAAUCUAGGUUUUCAUAAACAACUUCGUGGUGGCGUACAAUUUAUCGAUCAAAUUAAACGUACUGCUAUUGGAAAAAUUGAUAGACAAUAUUAUAAUCGUUUGAAUGAAGGACAAAUAUUCGAUGAUCCGUUGUUUGAUUGAAUAGUGCAAUCUUAUUGAU